CUCCGCGGCGUCACAUCCACCGCGCCUCCCCGAACGCCACAUCCGGCGCGCUGCCAUGGCGGCGGCGGCGGCGCACAGCGUCCGUGUGCUGCGGGAGCUGAACCGGCAGCGCGCCGCGGGGCUCUUCUGCGACGCCACGCUGGGGGUCGGCGGCCGCGAGUUCCGCGCUCACUGGUCGGUGCUCGCCAGCUGCUCCCGCUUCUUCCGCGCCCGCGGGCCCGGCGGCCCGGUGGCGCUGCCCGACGGCCUCGCCGACACCUUCCAGCUCCUCCUCGACUUCUUCUACACCGGCCGCCUGGCGCUCACCGCGCACAACCGCGCACGCCUGCUGGCCGCCGCCGAGCAGCUCGGCGUGCCCGACGCCGUGGCGCUGUGCCGCGCCUUCCGCCCCGCCGCCCCCCGACAGCGGCCCCGCCGCGCCGCCGCGCCCCGCACGGCGCAGCCCGACACCGCGGCCACCCCCCCGGCCCCGGAGGAGGCGGCGGCGGGCGACGGCGGGCGGGGGGACAGCGACACCGAGUCCCUACCCGAGAAAAAGGCCCUUCGGAGCAAAAAGACCCCCCCGCCGGGGAAGGCGCCCGGCAGCGCGGGGACGCCGGGGAGCGGAAAAGGUACAGCGGUGCCGGUUGAGUGCCCCACAUGUCAUAAAACCUUCCUCAGCAAAUAUUACCUUAAAGUGCACAACAGGAAACACACUGGAGAGAAGCCAUUUGAGUGCUCCAAAUGUGGCAAAUGUUACUUUAGAAAAGAGAAUCUCCUGGAACACGAAGCCAGGAAUUGCAUGAACCGAUCCGAGCAGGUUUUCACGUGUUCAGUGUGCCAGGAGGUGUUCAAGAGGCGAAUGGAGCUGCGGCUGCACAUGGUGUCGCACACGGGGGACAUGCCGUACAAGUGCUCCUCCUGCGCCCAGCAGUUCAUGCAGAAGAAGGACCUGCAGAGCCACAUGAUAAAGCUGCACGGUGCACCAAAGCCCCACGCGUGCUCGACCUGCUCCAAGUGCUUUCUGUCUCGGACAGAGCUGCGCCUGCACGAGGCCUUCAAGCACCGGGGAGAGAAGCUGUUUGUCUGCGAGGAGUGCGGGCACAGGGCCUCGAGUCGCAACGGCCUGCAGAUGCACAUCAAGGCUAAGCACAGGAACGAGCGGCCCUACGUCUGCGAGUUCUGCCACCAUGCCUUCACACAGAAAGCCAACCUCAACAUGCACCUGCGCACGCACACGGGCGAGAAGCCCUUCCAGUGCCACCUCUGCGGCAAGACCUUCAGGACACAAGCGAGCCUGGACAAGCACAACCGGACCCACACCGGGGAGCGCCCCUUCAGCUGCGAGUUCUGCGAGCAGCGCUUCACGGAGAAGGGGCCGCUGCUGAGGCACGUGGCCAGCCGGCACCAGGAGGGACGGCCGCACUUCUGCCAGAUCUGCAGCAAGACCUUCAAAGCCGUUGAGCAGCUGCGCGUCCACGUCCGCCGGCACAGGGGCAUGAGGAAGUUCGAGUGCACCGAGUGUGGAUACAAGUUCACGCGGCAGGCUCACUUGAGGCGCCACAUGGAGAUCCAUGACCGCGUGGAGAACUACAACCCCCGGCAGCGGAAGCUGCGGAACCUGGUCAUCGAGGACGAGAAGGCCGUGGUGUUGGCGCUGCAGCCACCACCGGAGCUGGACGUGGGCUCGGCCGAGGUGAUCGUGGAGUCCCUGUCCCGCGGCGCCCUGCCCGAGGACAUCCCCGUGCAGAGACUCUGCUCCAACGAGAACUUCUCCACAGCGGAUGUGAUCGAGCAGUCACUGAUUAUAACGACGACGAUUCCUGAGGACUGUGACACAUAGCGGGGCUCAGAGCGGAGUCAGGCGUUGGGCUGGAGCCGCUCUCUGCCACUCGUGUUCUUCCCGAGCUGUGCAUCCGCCCCUUCCCCUCCUUCCCUGCACACCUCCCACCCCAGGCUGCGGGAAGUGACAUUCUAAUCGGGUCUCAGAUGAAGCCACUGCAAGUGGCUCCUUAAAUAAACGUACAUACACUGUGUGAGGCA